AUGAUACGCCAAUUCGCUCUAAGCAAAAACAUUGAAUCGCUCCCCGGUAGCAGUAAUAGAUCAGAGCUAUACCAAGUCGCCACGAUGAGUGUCAACUAUAUUGAAAUAACAGAUCCCGUGUAUCGUACAAGCUGGAAGAAACGAAACGAGCACGGUUAUGUUCUGGUCGAACCGAAAGAGCAUUGGCGUAUUCCGAUCCGUGAGCCCGGUUGGAAACCAAAACCCUGCUGUCUUACCAAAAGAUUCGAGAAAUUCGACGAUGAGUUCAGUGCGAUGGAAGUACGUAGCGACGACGUUUGGCUGGCUUCGUAUCCAAAAACGGGCACAACAUGGAGCCAAGAGAUGGUUUGGUUGAUCUGCAAUAAUUUGGAUUUUGAAACCGCCAGGAAGGAAAGUUUGUUUAUGCGGUUUCCGUUUGUCGAACUCAACGGCAUCGCAGACCUUCCCGGUGGUUUUGAUUAUUUUAAAAUAGCCCAAGAUAUGCCAUCUCCUCGGUUUAUUAAAACGCAUCUUCCGGUGGGUCUGCUGCCUCACCAAAUUUGGUCGGUAAAACCGAAGCUUGUGUACGUCUACCGGAAGGCGAAAUCCGUAGCCGUAUCGUUCUACCACCACAUGGCGACAAUAGCCAACUACAAGGGAACUUUGGAGGAAUUCACCCGAUCGUUCAUGCGUGACUUGCAAUUAUACUCGCCUUAUCACGAUCACGUUAUAGACUAUCACAAAAUUUCCCACCUCGAUAAUUUACUGCUAAUCAACUACGAAGAAAUGAAGACGGACCUCCCUGCGGUCAUCAAGCGUGUUUGUGUUUUCUUCAACAAAAGCUACACUGACGAACAGUUAGCAGAAUUAUGCAAUCACUUGUCGUUCGAGUCAAUGCGAAACAAUCCAUCGCUCAAUGCAAAUGAAAUGGUUGAUAUGAUUUUAACUGGCACUGGCCGCGCGCAUGAACGUGACCAUGCGAACAGACAAUUCAUCCGCAAAGGCCAAGUGGACGGUUGGAAGUCAGAUUUAACACCGGAAUUGGCAGAGGAAAUCGACAACUGGACGAGAGCAAAAGUACCCGACGUAAAGUAUCAGAAAUUGUUUUUGUAAUUGGACCUAAUCGCAGGUGAAGUUCAAAAAUAGCUGAAGUAACCAACUAAUUGCUUCAUGUAAUGAUUAUGCUAAAAGAGAUGAUUGAUGAUACGGCAUUUUACGAUACUGCCAUAUCACGGACUAAAUAUACUAAGUACUAAAGCUUCAAUUUCUUA